GGUGGCGGUUUUCCCAGUCUGCCAGUGCAGCAAACAACCUUAUCCAUUAUUGUCCAUAAGUCAUAUACGCACUUACCGUCUCCUCUCCAUUGAUAAGCAGUUGUAUACUCCUUCCAGCAUGGCCAACGAUAAAGAAACACUACUCAGUAUGGGCUUUGACCCAUCUCGAGUAGAAUGGGCCCUGAAGGCGACAGGGAAUCGCGGUUUGCAUUCCGCAAUGGACCACAUUCUGGAGCACGAAGGACAGCCUGUCCCCGAUCUAAGUGCCGUAACAAGUUCAACGAGUGGAUCAGGACGUACUGACCAACCGAUGGACGUGGACGAAGAUGAAGACGACGCAGACACUUUGAGAGCUAUUGCCGCCAAGUCCGGAGCACCUAUCUCUGCAGCAGAUCUAGAAGCCAAGAGCAUCAAAUGUACGGAGUGUGGUAAGAUCUUUAAGAAUACUGCACUGGCCAAUUUUCACGCGGAGAAGAGCGGCCACGAUCAGUUUGAGGAGUCGACGGAAGAGGUCAAGCCGUUGACCGAAGAAGAGAAGGUACAAAAACUGGCAGAAUUACGCGAGAAGAUGGCAGCCAAACGUGCAGUGAAGGCUAAGGAGGAAGCCAAGGAAAACAAGGCGAACGAAGCGCUUCGGCGGAAGGCUGGUAAGGACAUGAACAAGGUCAAAGAGGAUCUCCAGGCGAAGGAGAUUCAGAAAGAGGUUGAACAGAAACGCCGAGAUAAAAUCGAGGAUGCGAAAGCCAAGGCAGCUAUCAAGGCACAAAUCGAGGCCGAUAAACGCGCACGUGCGGAGAAAGCAGCACGAGAGAAGGCCCUUCGUGAAGGCAGGCCCAUAGUCGACGCUCCCGCCAGCACGUCGGCCGCAAAUGCUAGGCCUGCUGCCUCAGCUUCAAGUGGCGUCGCAGGGAGGGAUUACAAAGAAACGAGGCUCCAGAUUCGAUUGGCGGGUGGGGGACAACCGUAUACUACUACGCUAUCUAGCGACGCCACGUUACGCGAGGUUGCCGAGUUUCUGGCAGCUCAAACCAUGUCGGUGGACGUAGAGACCGUUGCCUUCGUACAAAGUCACCCCAGGAAAGCCUUCUCUCAAGCAGAUUUCAGUCGGACUUUGAGAGACCUCGGAUUGACGCCCUCUGCGGUUCUCAUUGCGUCUUGAUAGGACGGAGAGGAACCGUGUAUCAUAUUGUAUCAUAGCAGUAACAGGGGACCGUUCGCGGACGUCAGAUUUCUUGAAAGAGCAUGCCCAAGCAGGAAUAGAAGAUCUUCCUAAUGUAUUCUAGCUCUUCAUAGAUUGUUACUGAUUGAUGGAGAUAAGACUUGUACCGAGGAAGAAUCCAAAAAAGCCUCCUCCACAGCCUUGCUGCCUCAACCAAGUCCACCUAAUGCGUGUAUAGUACAAAUACAGCAACAAUGAGGAUGAAGUAAACGGUAGCUAUCGAUAUAAUUGUUCAAUGCUUCAGCAACACUCCUGUGAGUAUUGCAUGCCCUGAGCAUAAGUUGACGGAAGGAUCUAUAUAAAAUCUGAGAAGACGAGAAGGGCGACGAGCAAAUACAUGAAUGCAAAAAUAGAGGGAAAAACUAAGCCAAUUAUGAAUAUUCCAGCAUCGUGAUGUCUCCAUCCACUCCACCUAGCGCAAUCUUGCCGGUCUCCUCCACCAUCGCUAUACGGGUCCAAGCGUCAUCCUGUAUUACCUCGAACACCAUUGAAGCCUUCACCAUGGGAGGUGCGCCGCUUUCUUCUUCAUCUUGCCAGUUUGCAAUGGCGCCUGCCAAUCGCUGACCACGGUGACUCUCCACAAACCUAUCCUCUGUAUGGCUGUCCGUCCAGAGGGCAGUACCAUACCGGCCUAAGGCAACAGAGGAUGUCGCAAAUAGACGGACCGGAGACCCAAAUGACUGGACAUGUCUAGGAUCAGCGAAGUAGGGUAGGUUGGCCGCACAUGUAUGGCGUUCGCGCGUGUACAUCGGGUUUGGAGUAAGGGAAAAGUGGUGGAGGAGGUUGACGGGCCAUGGGAACCCACUGUUAAAACGAACGAACACGUUGAUUGGAGCGGGCUUGUUAGCCCUUGUGGUGUGGUAGGAGACCUGCUCAGCAACGUAGACGCUGUCCGUUUUCCAUUGCCAGCGGUACUGCGCAAUAGGAAAUACCAGUAAUGGGCUAGUAGAUGUAACAUUAGGAGAGCGGGGAGCCAAGGGGUAUAUCUCCAAUGUAGUUGUGCGAAUAAUGAUUACGCAGUC